AUGGCGGCGCGCCUCGACGCCGUGCCGCGCGCGACGGCCUGCCCGGCGGCGCCGCAAGGAGCUGCCGCGGCGCGCUGGCCGAGCUGCGCCGCCGGGCGGACGCGCUCAACGCCACGGCGCGCGCCUGCGCGACGCCUGCGCCUGGGCUUCGGCGACGCGCGCCUCGCCGCCGACGCCGCCGUGCGACAGCUGGAGGCCGCGCAGCGCCGCUUCGACGAGGGCGCGUCGCAGCUGCUUGUGCAGCUUGCCAAUACUCUUGCCAAUGAAGUUAUGCAACGUUUGGAUGCACAUUUACACCGUGUUGUUGACUUAAUGCAAGCCUCUGUGGGAGCUUGUGCCCCCUUGUCUCGUGCUGUCAAUGCAUCCUUGGUUGCUGUGUGUGAUGAAGUUCUACUUCCUGUGAAUGGCUGGUGGGUAGGAUGUGGUCUGUGCCUGGUAUUGUUCAUCCCAGCUUUAAUAUUGGCUACCUGUCUUGCCACUCAGUACCGUAGACCACGUGCAGAUCAGUACAUCCCUGCUGGUCCUGAUGCGUAAGUAAAAUGUUCCUGGCACAGCAAUUAUUUUAUGUUCCAUGUAAUAAUUGUUAUGCCUUGACAUUAAAAUUGUAUUAGUGUCACAUGUGUCUGCAAUGUUUUUUCUUUCACCGGUUACUCCUGUAUGCAUCUCGGACUCCAAAUGUUUUUUCUCCUUGCCUUGCAUCUGUCUUUAUUCAAAUUCCUAUUUUCUCUUGAUUUUGCUUAUGUAGCAUUUACACAUGGAUUGCAUAGUAGAAAGAAGUGCUUGUAUGUUAGUGUGUUUGCUGCCUGGGAUACCUGUAACAACCAUGGUGUGCCCCACUAAUUGGGUGUGUGUAAUUUCCAGGGAGUACCUGUAUGAUGCCUAUUCUGACCGUGACAACAUCCCCUUAGCCAGGUAAGCCCACUGUGGCGGGCUGCCUCCCUCUGCUCUUGAAAUCUAUAUUUUACUGAGUGAAUUCAAUUCUCAAAACAGAAUCCAAAUCACGUAGAUUGCACAUGAAUACAUUGGAGCUUGGUGCAAAAACCAAACAACAAACUUAAAGGAUGUAGUGCAAAAGAAUCUAUUGAAGCCAGAUUCUCCAAACAACCCAAACCUACAUUCAUGUGUUUUGUAAAUUCUUCUGAUACUCAAUGAAGACCAUUCAUUUGUACAUCCUAAACAUGUGUACUCCCAUCUGAAAAGUUUCUUAUCUUCUCUAGAAUUCCACUAAUCGAAAGCAUGUUUCUAGGGCAGGGGGACCUGCAGAACAGCUACAGCCAAUUAUGAGUGAUCAACAGCAACAGCAAGCAUGUGCCUUACCAGCCACAGCAAGGGAGGGAAAACACAUUUCACUUUCGUAUGUUUUUUUGUUUGUGUGUUUUUAUAAAUUAUGCAUUUUUUUAUUGAUAGAUUUUUGUUUUUAAGGUACUUUUAGGAAAACUUUUGUGCACAUGAUCAAUAUAGUCUGGAGUACUAAUUUGGUAACAUUAGAGAUCAGAAAAAGUCCUUUUGUUUUGAGAUAAUGGAGAAUCACAUACUGGCAAGUUACUAGUAAUAUGUUUGCACCUGGGUCCAAAUUCCUUUUGUUUCAUGGUUUUGUUAGUUUAUGCUUGAAUACUAACACUGGAAAUGUCGGCAUUUGUUCAGGAUUUAUAAUCUGGUACUGUAUUAUUUUUAAGGAGAAUAUAUGAUGACUGAUGUUUGAUUAGAUAGCAAGCAUAAUUAGAAGAUGAAGUUUAUUGCAGAUACAGAAUAAGGGAUGUGAAAGGUGCUUUUAAUUUUUGUGAUUCCUGAUUAUUAACGAGUUGGAGAUCACAUUUGCAAUACUAUAUUUUGUUUUAAUACAUCAACAUUAAAUUUGAUUUAUACAUAUAUAUAAUAUUGAUAUAUGUGCAUGUAUCAAUUACAAAUAAUAGUUAUUUGUAUAAUUACAAAUUGUAUAAUUAAGGAACAAUAUACUUUUAAAUAUUGAAUUUCUUAGCAGCAUCCAAACUUACACGGCUGAAAUUAUUGACCUUUGUACUUCAUUUUUAUUUUUUUAUUUUUCUCAUGUUAAUGUGAAGGAAUAAUGCGUUUUUAGAAUUGAAAAGUAUCUGCUCAAAUAAGUAUAACAACUAGCUGAAUUAGAGCAGUUCCUUCUUGCAACUAGUCUCUCAGCUAAAUCUCUUUGCAAAUUAUUUUUUAAGUGGCUCAUUCUACUUGCAAGUAUUACAAGUAAAAAUCUAAAAUUUUGUUCAUUGUAAUGUGUUUUAACCUUUCUGUUCAAUUAUAGUGGAAAGGUCAUGAAGUACGAAAAAAAAUAACAAUACUCAGGUGUUGUUCAAUUAAAAAAUUUGUGGCCACUCACUCGUUGUAACUGACCAACACUUUUCUUCUUUUCCCAUAGUGCUGGGAAGAAAAGAGGCCAGCGCCGCUACCAUGAAGGAUACCAUGAUAAUGCUGCUGGGGGAGGCGGAGCUUAUGAGUUUCCAUCACGCCGUGACCAUGAUGCUCGUUUCUCUGACAUGGCUCCCAAGCACUGGGACCUGCCGAAUGGUGCACCGCCCCCCCGCUACCUGGGGCCUGAGUAUGAGCGGCCCCCGCCCUAUUACUACCCUGGCCCUGGGGAUAGUGCUGGUCGGCGGUAGAAGUUAUGUACCGGCCACAAAUUUUAUAUAAAAAACGUAUUUUUUAAAAUAAAGAAGAGCUUUGACCAAGAUUGAACAUUCUGUUUUAGCAUAUUGUGAAUGCAUUUGAAAUUGAUUUUUAUGUAGCUGCAUAUUUAAAUAUACUCAUAUUCUCUAAAAGUUCUUAGUUGUUACCUUGCCCCUAGCCAAGUAGCAGGUUGGUUGCAGUUUCAACAUGCAACCUCUGGCAAUUCCUUCAGCCAUUCAUAUCUGCCAUGUGAUUCUUCAAGUAUUCAUUGUAUAUUAGAGGUGUGGGGUAGGUUGAGAACAUUCAAAUCUGCUAUGUUGUAAACAAAUGAUAUUUUGAUAUACUCGUAUUACACAAUAAAAUCCUGCCAUGUAUUAUACGUGU